AUGGAAUCUCAUACAUUUUAUAGUUAUGAUGAAACUAUUGAAAAACCGGUGUACGGUUAUUUGCUUCAUAAUGAUGAACAAAGGUUGAUGCUUCUAAGUCAAAAUCCUCAAAUGUCGGCUAUAGAAGUUGCUAAAAAUAUAGCUAACAAUUGGAAUGCUUUAACCUUUGAGCAGAAAAAUCAAUAUUCAGAACGCGCUAAAGAAUUAAAUUGGAAAUGUCUUAAUGAG